AUGGAGGAGCUGCUGACCCCCAGACAACAGACUGCUAGGCAGAUCAAGGCCCGUUUCCUGGAGGCCCUACAGACCAACAACGUAACGGAGGUCCUGGAGAUACUGUACACCACCAACCUGGACAUCGACACUGUGCUGGAGGUGGAGGACAAACGCAUGAUCCUGGCCUCAUACAAGCAAGGUUUCUGGUUGCCAGACUACAAGCUAGAGUGUUCUUGGGCGAUGGCCCUCCACGUCUGUGUAAUGUACAACUACCUGGAGACAGCUCUGGUGCUGCUGCAGAAGGGGGCGGCGGUUAACAGGAAGCCCAAUGGGAAGACCCCGCUUCACGUGGCCUGUACGGUCGCCCACGGCGACUGUGUGGCCCUGUUAUUGGGCCACGGGGCGAGGGUCAACAGCCUGUCUUUGAGUGGACACACACCACUACACUACUGUAUAACUAAAGAGUCUGUGGACUGUGCCAAGCAACUCAUCCUUAAUGGGGGCAAUGUGAACAAGCCCAGUCAGAGCAAAGAUGAGGACACACCUUUACACACGGCAGCCCGCCUGGGAAUCCCUGAGCUGGUGGCUCUCUACAUCUCCCACGGGGCCCAGGUGGACGCAAUCAACUCCCUCCAGGAGACACCCCUGAUCACUGCAGCCUUCUGGGCCCUGGACAUCCGUGAACAGACCUACAGCGAGGACCACCACCUGGUCUGCCGCAUUCUGCUGGACCACGGCGCAGACCCUAACCUGUAUGAAGACGACUAUAAGACAGCCUUGCAUAAGGCCUCCUGGAACUGUGACCACGUGCUGAUGCAGAUGCUGCUGGAGGCGGGGGCAGACACUACGACCAUGGACAUCAACGGCUGUGAACCCAUCCAGUAUGUCCUGAAGGUCACCUCCGUCAGGCCCAUGGCCAUCCCUGAGCUCUGUUACCAGCUGCUGCUCAAUUUUGGAGCUCCACGGGUCUACCCGCCGCAGUUCCACAAGGUGUUGCAGGCCUGCCAUGAGUGUCCCAAUGCAGUGGAAGUCAUGAUGAACUCAUAUGAGCGCAUCAAACCCACCAACAAGUGGAGAUCAUCCAUUCCUGAAGCCUCCUACAAGCAACAUGAGGAAUUCUAUGAGUCCAUGUUUGCUGUGUGCUCCAACACUCCUCGUUGUCUGAUGCACCUGGCCCGGUGUGCUGUCAGGAGGGCUAUGGAGAACCGCUGUCACACUGGGGUAGGGACCCUCCCCCUACCUCCCCCCAUCCAGAGAUACCUGCUACUGGAACCUGAGGGGACCUUUUAUUGA